AUGGCAGCCCUGGAGGAGGAAUUCACGUUGUCUACGGUACCCUUGGGUGCCGGGCCUAACGGACUCCUAGGUGUGGAGCAGAGCGACAAAACAGACCAGUUUCUAGUGACGCACGGCGGUAGGACCGUCAUCCUCUAUAAGGUUUCUGAUCAGAAACCCUUGGGGAGCUGGUCUGUGAAACAAGGCCAAAUUAUAACGUGUCCAGCUGUGUGCAACUUUCAAACUGGAGAGUUUAUUGUUGUACAUGAUAAUAAGGUUUUGAGAAUAUGGAAUACUGAAGAUGUAAACCUGGAUAAAGUAUUUAAAGCUACAUUGUCAGCUGAGAUCUAUAGGAUACAUUCAAUACAAGGGACAGAACCCUUAGUGCUAUUCAAGGAAGGUGCUGUUCGUGGUUUAGAGGCCUUGCUUGCAGAGCCCCAGCAGAAAAUUGAAACUGUUCUCUCUGAUGAUGAAGUGAUUAAGUGGACAAAGGUUUUCAUGGUAUUUAGGCAUCCUGUCUUAAUCUUUAUUACUGAAAAACAUGGAAAUCACUUUGCUUACAUACAAACAUUUAGCUCUCGCACCUUAAGCAAAUACACACUCUUCCAUGGACAAGAAGAAAAAUCUGUCAUACAGAAUUUUACUGCAUCUGUGGAUCGGAAAUUCAUCUCUCUGAUGUCAUUAAGCUCUGAUGGGUGUGUAUAUGAAACCUUGAUACCAAUACAUCCGAGGGACCCAGACGAAAAUCAGAGGGUAGUCAGAUCGCUAUUGCUCAAGACUGUGGUGGCCGGUAAUGCUCGAAGUGGUGUUGCACUCACCGUCCUGGAUCAGGAUCAUGUAGCAGUCCUAGGACCGCCGCUGCCAGCUUCCAAGGAAUGCCUUUCCAUAUGGAACACGAAAUUUCAAACACUACAGACUUCCAGAGAGUUACCACAGGGGACCAGCGGUCAACUCUGGUAUUUUGGGGAAAAUUUAUUUAUGCUACAUGGAAAAUUUCUUACUGUGAUUCCAUACAAGUGUGAAGUAUCUUCAUUAGCAGGUGCUCUUGGAAAACUCAAGCAUAGUCAAGAUCCAGGCACUCACACUGUGCCUCAUUUUGUAAACUGGGAAGCAUCUCGAGGAUAUGGAUUUGGAUCCCAGAACUCCGAGCAGUCGAAGAGAAUUUUAAGGAGAAGGAAAAUUGAAGUGAAUGUGCCGCCUCCAGCAUUCGAACAACUUUUAUCAACAAUAAAGAAAGAUUCAGAAAAAGACAUUGAAGUAGAACUAUGUAAAUUUUUGGCUGUGAAGCGGACACCUGACUUUCAUACUAUUGUUGGGGACAUAGUAUUAGAACUUCUGGGACGACAUACAACAGAGCCAUCAUUUUACCCCCGGAACUCUCUGAUGCAACUUAUCCAGACACACGUGCUUUCUUACAGCUUGUGCCCCGGCCUGAUGGAGGCGGCCUUGGAAAAGACAGAUGUGCAGAUGUUACAGCUGUGUCUACAGCAGUUCCCCGACAUUCCUGAAUCGAUCACCUGCGCUUGCUUAAAAAUUUUCUUGAGCAUUAGUGAUGACAGUCUUCAAGAAACAGAAAUCAAUAUGGAAUCAGUUUCUGACUGUAGUGAUCCUGUGCAAGAGAAAAUGGAUGAGCAAACGGAAAUUCUUCAAAACGGUUUCAAUGCUGACGAACAAAACUGUGAUAGCUGUGAUCGGAAGUUAAACCAAAAGCCUCAGGACGCAGCCGAGGAGACCACCUCGUGCCCUGUGGUACCGAAGAGAGCGGCACUGCUAAAUGCAAUUCUUCAUUCAGCUUAUAGCGAAAUGUUUCUUCUGCCGCACUUGAAAGACAUCCCAGCACAACAUGUCACUCUAUUUCUCCAGUAUUUGUAUUUCCUUUAUCUGAAGUGUAGUGAAAAUGCUACUAUGACUCUUCCUGGACUGCACCCUCCAACCUUGAACCAAAUUAUGGAUUGGAUAUGCCUCCUUCUGGAUGCUAACUUUACCGUUGUGGUAAUGAUACCAGAAGCAAAAAGACUACUGUUAAGUCUUUAUAAGUUUGUGAAAUCCCAGAUAUGCAUUUGCUCCGAGCUCAACAAGAUUGAAGUAAGUUUUCGUGAGCUGCAAAAACUAAAUCAAGAAAAGAAUAAUAGGGAAUUGUAUUCAAUCGAAGUACUGGAGCUCUUCUGA